AUGGUAGAUCACUGUGCCAAUGUGUCACAAUGCAGUGACUUGAGUUUAACUGACCUUGGCUUGUCUUGGAAUCAGAGUUAUGAGUAUGAACAAUACAUGUCAUUGCCAGAUAUAAGAGGGCAGGAGGCUGCCGAUAAUACUUUCUACCAGGCCAGGGUUGUGAUAGGUGUGGCCUUUGUCUGCAUCAUGCUGGUCUGUGGUGUUGGCAAUUUCUUCUUCAUUGUGACCCUGGCCAGAUACAAGAAUCUGAGGAACAUCACCAACCUCCUGAUAGUCAACCUGGCCAUCUCUGAUUUCAUUGUGGCCAUUGUGUGUUGUCCCUUCGAAAUGGAUUACUACGUGAUCAGAGGGCUGUCCUGGAGCUUUGGUCAUGUUCUGUGUUCCUCUGUGAACUACCUCAGAAUGGUGUCCCUCUAUGUCUCCACCAACGCGCUGCUGGUCAUUGCCGUCGACAGGUAUCUGGUCAUUGUGUACCCGCUGAAACCUCGUAUGAAGUUUCAGACGGCCUACUGUGUUCUGAUUGCCGUAUGGUUAGUCUCCCUGUUCAUCUCCAUCCCCUCAGCAUACUUUACAACUGAAACAACCUUCGACACUUUCCUGGGAAACAACGGGAAAAUAUUCUGUGGGCAGAUCUGGCCGGCAGACAAGAAGCUCUUCUACAAGUCCUAUUUCUUGUUCCUCUUCAUCCUGGAGUUUGUUGUGCCUGUGCUGACUAUGUCCCUGUGCUACAUGCAGAUCUGCAGGGAGCUGUGGUUCAAAAGCAUGCCGGGUGUGCAAACCUACCAAAUUAAGAAGCGGCUUCGGGCACGGAGGAAGACGGUCCUGGUCCUUAUGGGUAUAUUGACCGCCUACAUCCUCUGCUGGGCUCCAUAUUAUGGAUACACCAUCGUCCGAGAUUUCUUUCCAAAUGUGCUCCUCAGAGUAAAGCAUUCCAUCACGGUGUACUACAUUGUAGAGUGCAUUGCAGUGAGCAACAGCAUGAUAAACACGCUGUUCUUCGUUACAGUAAAAAACAACACUUGCAAGUAUGUGAAGAAGAGCUUCCUUCAGCGCUGGAGGGCUGCCUACGUACCUGACAAAAGCACUGCCAUGCAAGAGUGCCAAACAUCAGUGCUGCCGGUGUCCGACGAACUGCCUCAGCAGCAAUAG